GGAACAGGCUGUUCGGUUGCAGUCUGUAGCCAGGCUCAGCAAACAAGUGACAACGAAGUGCAGAAUGGGUGCCGGUACUUUCCAAGAGUAGAAAGCAGGCUGCGUCCCUGGGCCUGUGCGGCUGCCAGGAGCGCUGAGCCUCCCGAUACUUGGCACUCGAGGAGGCCUUGUGACCGAUGAUCAGCCCUGGGCGCGAGCACCAAGGGGCGGAACUCGUAAAGUCAGCAUCGUGGGUCAGGCCGGACGUAGUUUCCAGUCGCACUAGCGGAGCUCCCGGCCGGCGGUGGAGCAUCUCCUUUCGCCGGAGGGGGCGGCAUGGCCACUGGAGAGAAGGGCUGUGAGGCCUGCCGUUCCUCCUCCAUAGCGUCCCCUCCGGCUGGACAGUCCCAAGCUGCAGCGCGGGCUUCCAGCUUCUCUCUUCAGUAGACGGUCAGAGGGCGCCCAGCCUGUGGAGGCACAGAAGCCACCCGCUUACUGCCUCUAGGACCCAAGAACACCGCGGCCCGCCGCAGACUUUUCUCGGGGCAGAAGGAAGACGGCCCAAUUCCCGGCUAGGUGAGCUCGUGGAAAGCUCCGGGCCCCACCACUACUUCCGGGAGUAGCUGACGAAAGCUGGCCAUCCCGGGGCCCCCAUCUCUUCUCCUAUUGGUGAACUGCUCUUUCAAUGCGCUCCCCUAACUGGUGAUUGGUUCAGAGCACCGUCUGUCUCCCGCCUCCCUGUGGGAAUCCAAGUCGCUAAGGGAAGCGUUCCUCGAGGCUCGGUUGGGAAGAGAUGAGCAGCUCUCAAAAACACAGUUGAAGGAUGGAUACCAUUGCGUAUAUUAAAGACAUGUUGAAAGGAAAAUAAGAAAGCCAGGAACCUCAGUAUGAAUCAGUCUAGAUCUAGAUCAGAUGAUGGUGGUGGUGAAGCCUCAUCGCAAAACUGUAAUCAUCAUGAAAGUGAGAGAAGUUGGCAGCAAGAACGUCUCCAUAGAGAAGAAGCCUAUUAUCAGUUUAUUAAUGAACUCAAUGAUGAAGAUUAUCGGCUAAUGAGAGACCAUAAUCUUUUAGGCACCCCAGGAGAAAUAACAUCGGAAGAACUACAACAGCGGUUAGAUGGAAUCAAGGAACAAAUAGCAUCUCAGCCUGACUUGAGGAGUGGAACAAAUGCAAGAGACUCACAAGUCCCUAGAGAGAGUUCAGAUGAAGAUUAUCUGCUAGAAUGGUUGAACAUCUUUCCACAUACAGGAAAUACAACUCGAAGUGGACAAAAUGGGAACCAAACUUGGAGAGCUGUGAGUCGAACCAACCCAAACAGUGGAGAGUUUCGGUUUAGUCUGGAAAUCCGCACAAAUCAUGAGAAUAGAGGAUUUGGAAUUCCUGGUGAAGAUCGUACAGGCAUUCCACUUUCAGACACUAGCGGAGAGCGCACAGCUAGGCAGCAAAGAUCAUCCAGUCCUGUGGCUCGACGAACAAGAAGCCAAACCUCAAUUCAUUUCAGUGGUAGUGGUUCCAACAUUCCAAGGACUAGGCUUGGUUCAAGGGGGCAGAAUUCAGUAGAAGGGUCUUUCUCAACAUGGGGAAGAUUAAGAAAUGGAAUCGGGAGAGCAGUUGACAUGCCUAGAAUGAGAGCUCCACAUGCUGAUUUCAGUGGUCACAGAAACCAAGCUGGUGGCAGGGAACUCAGGCAGAGGGAGGGACAACGAUUUGGAGCAGCACAUAUUUGGGAAAAUGGGGCUAGAACUAAUGUGACAGUGAGGAAUACAAACCAAAGAUUAGAGCCAUUAAGAUUACGGUCUGCUUUCAGUAGUCGAAGCCGUUCACCAAUUCAGAGACAAAGUGCUACUGUUUAUCAUAAUUCACAAAGAGAAAGCAGACCUGUACAGCAAACCAUUAGAAGAUCUGUAAGGAGGAGAGGUAUAAGUCGUGUCUUUUUAGAGCCAAAUAGAGAACGCAGAGGUACUGCGUAUGCUCCAUUAUCUAACUCAAGACUUGUGUCAAGAAUAACAGUAGAAGAAGAAGAAGAAUCCAGCAGAUCCUCAACUGCUGUACAACGGUAUCCAACAGUCACACUGGACCUUCAAGUGAGAAGAAUUCGUCCUGGAGAAAACAGAGACCAGGACAGUAUUGCAAACAGAACUCGAUCUAGAGUAGGGCUAGCAGAAAAUACAGUCACUAUUGAAAGCAAUAGUGGGGGCGUUCGCCAAACUUUUUCUCAUUUAGAGCAGUCAGGUAUUCAAACCUAUGUCAGUACCAUUUCAGUUCCUUUUCCUAGGAUUACUGAGAGUGAGCUUGUUGAACCAUCGUCUGUGGCUCUUCGGUCAAUUUUAAGGCAAAUCAUGACUGGAUUUGGAGAACUGGAUUCUCUAAUGGAGGCCGAAUCUGAGUCAGAGAUUCAGAGAAAUGGUCAGCAUUUACCAGAGAGGCAAUCACAACUGAAUAACCUAGGUCCAGUUAGUGACAUCAGCCAGCACAGUGAAGGUUCCUUUCAAGGCAGGUGGGCCCAGGAAGAUAGCACUGAAAUGCACAGUGAAAACGAGACCACCCAGCCUCAUACCCAAAACAGUGAUAAUAGAGGUGGCAGGCAGUUGCAAAAUUCAGGUAACUCAGUUGAAACUGGAACACUCCCUAUUCUUCGCCUUGCUCACUUCUUUUUACUAAAUGAAGCUGUUGGUGACGAUCGCGUACGCGGUUUAACCAAAGAGCAAAUUGACAAUCUUUCUACUCGGAACUAUGAGCAUAGCAAUAUUGACAGUGAACUAGGAAAAAUCUGUAGUGUCUGUAUAAGUGACUAUGUAACUGGAAACAAACUCAGGCAAUUACCUUGCAUGCAUGAAUUUCACAUUCAUUGUAUUGACCGAUGGCUCUCAGAGAAUUGCACUUGUCCCAUCUGUCGGCAGCCUGUUUUAGGGUCCAACAUAGCAAACAGUGGGUGAGGUGAUGGAUCCAUUCAAAUACUGCAUUUUAGGAGAGCUGAAUAUGCAAGCAUUCUUUUGUUGAAUUAUUUGUGAUGACCUAACCAGGAUGAAAAAUAACAGAUUAUUAUAGUUUGAACUAUUUUUUGUGUGCUUUUUUAACUUGUUAAAAAGAGAAGAUUUAUAUAAAAUAUAAAAUGCAAAUGUUAAAUUAUUCAAAAGUACAGAAUAGUUAAUAUUGCUAGAACCAAAUAACCUUUAAAAUGUUUUUAUUUUGGUAAUUUUGUCAUGCUAAGCACUUUUGUAUCUGCACAGUUCAGUAGGUUAAAAAAAUCAAUCUUCCUUUUCUUAGUACAGUGGACUUGCCUUGGACUUUCAAUUCCAUAGACAGUACUGGGUCCGGACAUUGGUGUCGAAAUAAGCCUUUCAUUGACUUUUUAUUUUAAGGACAGUAUCAUUUCAUGAAAGAAUGUUUGGCUGAAUGUUGGCUAAAUGUAUUUAAGUUACUUGAAAUGUUAAAUUUAAUAUGCAGCAAACCAUAUAUGUAUAUAUAGAUACAUAAUUUUAAGGUUAAAAUAGUCUACUUUGGUUCUUAUUUAAGCUUCUGGGCUAUUACUGCAUAUAGCACAAUAUUUAAUAUUUACAGGAUCAUCUCUGGGAGGAAAUAGAUUAAGAUAUUUAAAAAUAGAGAUAAUUUACUGAAGCGGCUCUGACAAUCUGACUUAUUAGACAGUAAGCAAUAUAUAAUACUGAAUAGGUAUUUCUCUACUCAGAAAUGGAACAUGGGCAUUUUAGAACAUGUAAGUUAUUUAACUUAAGUUCAGCCUUUUUGUGACUUCUUUGAAAGUGCAAAUAAUUCUUUGGAUUAUAUUAAGGUAUAUAAUAUGCAUGGUUUCUCAAAUUUAGUUCUAAAAUCUAAAAAAUGUCUAUGAAGAGUCAAAUGUAUACUAUAUUAAGUUCACUUGGAGGCCAAAAAACUCCAAAAUAAAACAAAAACCUUUAAGAGAAUGUAGAAUUUAUAUAGAUACAAAGAAUGCAUUGAAGAUCUAUUUCUACCAAUAAAUGUUAAAACUAA